UGCACAUCGGUUCAGUUUGCACCAAGCUCACUGGCCGCUGCGUAGAACGGGCCAGCGGCUGGGGCUGUCUGAACCAUGAACAGCCUCGGUGGUGCCGUCCUCUUCUGGGCAGUGGCAGCAUGGGCUAAAGUGGACAAGCCUCUGGGACAGAUAGAUGAGGCUGGGUUUCAAAAAUGCAAGAAUGUCUUAAAGCUGCCUGUUCUGGAAGUCUUACCUGGAGGGGGCUGGGAUAAUCUGCGGAACGUGGACAUGGGACGGGUGAUGGACUUGACUUAUGCCAACUGUAAGACCACAGAGGACGGACAGUACAUCAUCCCCGAUGAGAUCUUCACCAUCGCCCAGAAAGAGAGCAACCUGGAGAUGAACUCAGAGAUCCUGGAAUCCUGGGUGAACUACCAGAGCGUCACCUCCUAUUCUAUCAACACGGAGCUCUCCCUUUUUUCCAAAGUCAACGGCAAGUUCUCCCCUGGGUUCCAGAGGAUGAAGACCCUUCAAGUGAAGGACCAAGCUGUAACCACUCAGGUCCAGGUAAGAAACCUGAUCUACAGCGUCAAAAUCAACCCCACUUCAGAACUAAACCGGGAGUUUAAGAAGUUGCUCGUGGACAUCUCCGACCGUCUGGAGAACAACCAGACGCGGAUGGCCACCUACUUGGCAGAACUCCUGGUCCUCAACUAUGGCACCCACGUCGUCACCAGUGUGGAUGCCGGGGCCGUCCUCAUUCAGGAGGACCACAUCAGAUCCUCCUUCCUGCAGGACAGCCAGAGCAGCCGGAACAUGGUGACCGCCUCGGCUGGACUUGUCUUUCUUGAUGUCGUGAACUUCAAGUUUGAGGAGAACCACACCUCACAGAACGCCUUCACCAAGAGCUACCUCUCCAACCGAACCCACUCCAGGGUGCAAAGCAUUGGCGGGGUUCCCUUCUACCCAGGCAUCACCCUCCAGGCCUGGCAGCAGGGCAUCGCCAACCACCUGGUGGCCGUGGACCGCUCCGGCCUGCCUCUGCAUUUUUUCGUCAACCCCGACAUGCUGCCCGACCUGCCAGGCCCCUUGGUGAAGAAGUUGUCUAAGACGGUGGAAAACGCUGUCAGACGCUACUACGCGUUCAACACCUACCCGGGAUGCACAGACCUUAACUCGCCCAACUUCAAUUUUCAGGCCAACUCCGAUGAUGGCUCUUGUGUGGGGAAGGUGACCAACGUUUCCUUCGGUGGGGUUUAUCAAGAAUGCACCCAGCUCUCGGGGAAUGAGGCCGUCCAAGUCUGCCAAACCUUGGAGCAGAAGAAUCCUCUCACUGGCGGCUUCUCCUGCCCCUCCGGCUACAGCCCCACCCGCCUGCUGUCCCAGGUCCUCGAGGAGGGCUACAACAGCCUGGAGUGUCAACGGAAGUGCACCCUCCUCGUCUUCUGCAAGACGGUGUGCGAAGACGUGUUCCGAGUGGCAAAGGCGGAAUUCAGGGCUUUCUGGUGCUCGGCCACUGGCCCCGUCCCGGACGCCUCGGGACUCCUUUUUGGGGGGCUCUUCAGCUCGAAGAGCAUUAACCCUUUGACGAACGCGCAGUCGUGCCCCGCUGGCUACAUUCCACUGAGACUCUUUGAAACCCUCAAAGUAUGUGUCUCUCAGGACUACGAGCUGGGAUUUCGAUUUUCGGUCCCCUUCGGUGGCUUCUUCAGCUGUGCCGUCGGGAACCCCCUGGUGGACUCUGCCAUAUCCAGAGACUCGGGGGCACCAGCUCUGAAAAAGUGUCCCGGGGGCUUCAGCCAACACCUCGCCCUCAUCAGUGACGGGUGCCAAGUGUCCUACUGCGUCAAGUCUGGGCUUUUUACAGGAGGGUCUCUGCCCCCCGCCAGGCUCCCUCCUUACACCCGGCCACCUCUCAUGAGUCAGGCUGCCACCAACACUGUCAUGGUGACUAAUACCGAGACUUCAAGCUCCUGGAUUAAAAACCCCCAGACCAACCAGUGGAAGCUGGGUGAGCCGCUGGAACUGCGCAGGGCCAUGAAGGUCCUCCACGGGGACGGGGCCGGCCUGUCCGGAGGAGCGGCUGCCGGGGUUACCUUGGCGGUCACCACUGUCCUGGCGGUCGUCAUUGCCCUGGUCAUCUACGGCACCCGGAAGUACAAGAAGAGGGGAUACCGGGCAAUCGAGGACGAGAGACGGAGUUUGGUUUCCGGCGCCGCAGAGACGGGGGAGACGGGAGAGCCCACCGAGCCCGCCCAGCAGGAGCAGAGUCCAGCCUGAACCCCUCCCAGAAGCCGUAUCGCUUCCCCGCAGAGCUUCAAGCAUCUUCCCUUCCUUCUCUCUCCGCUUCUGCCUUCUUAACUGCUGACGUGGCAGGUGCAACAAAAAAGCAGGUAUCACUUUGUGACUUCUUUGGGUCUCUGGGCCAGGAAAAUUAUAGAGCUACACGGACAAGUUUGGGGCUGGGUUUGGGGAGCCGUUGUGACUUUCUAAGCAAAGUCGUCUUGGGGACUAAAACACGAAGGGGGUGUCUUUUUCUCUUUGUGUGCCAGUAAUUAUCUCCACCUGAAUGCAUACACGUCAAAGCAGAGGAGAAUGUUGACAGCUGAAUUCGGAAAUGAUGCAUUUAAUCGGAGGUUGGUUUCCCAUUCACGAGCUUUAAGAAUCUGCUUUCAAGAGUCAUCCUCCACUGCUUUGUUUUUUAAAAGUUGUCUGUAUUCGCUACUCCUGGAGGCUGGCAGAGCCCCCAGAAGACAGAAAGUCCUGCCUGGCCCAGCUUUUCAGCUUUGAGGGCUCUGUGUUGACGGGCUGUGUCACCUCUUCUCGGUCACGUCAGCAUCGUCUGAACAGAAAACUGUUGCUUAUACCAAGCCCAUGUUUUCCGACUUCCCCCAAUUUAAGAUGUUCUUAGAUCAGACCACUCUUGGACUUUGGACUAGUGUCAUAAAGUCCUCAGAAAAAUAUUUCAACUUAUAAACUUCUAUUAGGAUGUCAAGGGAGAAGGGAUAGGUUGUAGAAGAGGAGUAAGUGAAGUGAGGAUAAAAACCGGAAAAGAUUCUGGCGUUCAGAGUAAAUUGGGACUUUUACCCACAGCCAGCCACCCGGCUUCUUCCUCUGAGCCCAUCGUAAACGAGGCAAAGUAAGGAGCGUAGAUCUGGAUGGAUCCACCUCGACAAUUUUCUGGUCUGUGCUGACAAAGCACAACCCUUUCAUCCUCCAUGAGUGGCCCUCGCCCUUCAUGACUCCUAUCACUCACACACACACACACAUACACACACACACACACCCCCCACAUUCCGACAAGACGGCUGCAUUUUUCUGAGGGUGGGAGACAAGGAAAAAAGCAAGAAGUCAAAGAAACUCACCCCUAAGUUUUUCAUUCUCCCUAAAACCAAAACACAGUAGACACCAGUUAUGCACCCUACCUUUAUUUUUUUCCAACAGAAAGGGGGCUGACAGGAUCCAAUCUAUAUUUUUAAAUGACAUACUUCUUUCAGGUCCAAGUUGAUUUGCCUGGGGCACCUCACAGGACGUAUGAUUGUCACCUGACGCUUGGAGGCUUUGCUCGGUUUUAAUACCACCCUCACCCCAUUGUAAUUAUCAGGGUGAAGGUAUUAAGGUUCCUCCGCCACAUUUUUAAGUUCUAUAUUUUCUUCGCCAAAUCAAGUGUCAUUAGUGAGUGAUCUUCUGUGAAGGAUAAUUUGUCCUCUCGUUAAUAUUCACAGUCAAGAGCUUAGGCUGACACUAGGUCUUUCUUCGGAGGAGCCGCCAGAAGCAUCCCGGCCUGUGGGAAGAGGGGGAAGAGAAUCCUCCUCUGCCUCCCACUGUGACACGGAGAAGAGGAGGGAGUCACAGGGUGGGAGCUCAGCUCUCCCCACUGCCCAGGCGGGCACACCAGUGUCUGCAGCCCCUUCACCGAACCCCUCCACUUCAAGCAUUAAAAUGUUCUCUGAAACCUCUGGGUGUUUUGUGGGCAAGUGUCAGCCACGCUAACCACUUUUCUGCAAAUAUCGACUUUCCCAUGAAUUCUUUGAAGAUGACUGAGUCCGAGAGACCAAGGAGAGCUGUGGGCUCCCAGGCUUUUCAUGCAUUAACUACCCAGGGAAAUGAAAACGUUUUUCAUGAACUUGUGUUUUGACUAACAAAAUCACACAUAACUAUGCAUUACAAUGUGUACUUAAGGAACACUUGGUCCGAAAUCGGAACGUGGGAGCUUGCAUGGCGCAUCGAUUAUGUCCUUUUUUUACCAGGUAGAAAC